AUGGCAAGCCGAAUAUUAAACCCAUAUGAAAGCUCUACUUUUGGAAAUUCCUUACUGCUUAGAGUAGAUGGUGCAAUUGGAGCUAUGUCACUAUCACCAAAUGGGAGAGACGCAGUUUUGGCAGGACGACGAGGUCUAUUCAUAAUCGACUUGGAUGACCCAUUCACACCUCCGAGAUGGCUACAUCAUAUAACUUCCUGGGAAGUAGCUGACGUUCAAUGGUCACCUCAUCAUUUUACCAAGCCAUCAUGGUGUAUUUCCACUUCAAAUCAAAAGGCAUUAUUAUGGGAUUUAAAAAGACCAUCAAGUAAUGCAAUUGCAAGUAUACUACACUCCCAUAAUAGGGCCAUAUCUGACAUCAAUUUCCAUCCAUUUGAUCCUGAAAUUUUGGCCACAUGUGCGGUUGAUAGUUUUAUAAUGAGUUGGGAUAUGAGAGCUCCAAGAAAACCAGUUGCAAAGUGGGCACAAUGGAGAGCCGGCGCAAGUCAGGUCAAAUGGAACCAUGAAAACCCUAAUGAGAUUGCACUGUGUCAUGAUAAUUCCUUUUACAUUUGGGACACUAGAAAAGGGGCCUUACCCGUUGUCAAAAUUGAGAAAGCACACGAGAAGAAAAUUAAUGGAAUCGAUUUUACACAAGGUUUGAAAAACAUUGUAACAUGCUCUAAUGACAAUAAAGUGAAAUUUUGGAAUUUAGAAAGCGACGAGGCUUCAAAUUAUAUUUCGAAUUUCAAUUAUUUUGAUAGUGCACGCGAUAGCAUGAUUCAUCCUAGUGUGGUUAUUGAAACCGAUUUUCCAAUAGCACGAGCUAGAAGUUUACCAUUUGGAACAGACAAAGCGUGCGGAAUAAUGCCUUUGGCAGGUGGGAAUGAUUCAAUCCACAUAGUAAACUAUGAUGACGCUUACCGUGAUUACUUACUGGAAAAAACUACUCAAAAACUAAGUAGCAAGCCAGUCUAUUCAUUUAAGGGACAUCGUGGUCCCAUCAAAGACUUUCUUUGGAGAACAAGACAUGAGGCAUACGAGGGAUUUGACUCGAAAAGGAAAUGGAAAGACUAUCAGCUAGUGACGUGGUCUUCGAAAGACUUUGACUUGAAACUAUGGCAACACGAUGAUGCAAUUUACAAGGGCGUCAACUACGAUCCAACUUUUCACAAUGUUUUCAAAGAUGAGCUGGACUCAGAAAUCUCCCGACCGGAAACUCCACAAGAAAAUCAAAUUUAUAAAUAUGAUACAUUUUGCUGUGAGCCACGAAUAACGAUAGAUGAUAUAACAAAAACAAAUGGCGGCGAUUUGCUUUCUGCAAUGACACUUUCAUUAAUCGCCGAGAAACAUAAAUUAGCCAGCACCGAGUUCACACAAUUGAAUCAUCUUAACUGGAUUUCAGGUGUUAGAAUGGGACAUAACGAUUCUGCAGAGCGUAAGAAUAGUUCUUCAAGCUUUGAAGAUGACGGACCAUCCAACUUGGGCGAGGAGGUUAGUAUUGUUGGCCACAAGUUUCCCAAAAUAAGGUUUGAGAAAAUAUCAGUUUCUACAGGGGAGUUGGUUAUCAGUUUACGUGGACCAUUACCUGCCCUAGAAAGUACUGGUAUGGAUCGAAAAGAUUCGACCGAAUCAAAUGAAAACAAUAACGCAGAAUCUGCAGUAUCAUUACGUGACAAGAGCAUUGUCAGUGAAGGUGAUAAGGAAACGGAAAAAAUGAGCCAGAAGGAAAGAGAAAGCCUACAUACCGAGUCUAAUACUGAGACCUCAAAAGAAGAGUUUACAGCUGAUCAGAAAUUAGUAUUUAUACGUGUCGAAAUUGAUUUCCCGAAGGCAUAUCCAUUUUUGGAGCUAGUUAGUUCGGAACAAUUUAAAUCAGCCAAAAAGUUCUCCAAAUUACAAAAACAAAACCAGAUCAAAUUCAAUGUAGAAGAGACACACGAGCUAUCAGCCUCCAUGAAAGCUCUAAUGCAGGAAAAUUUGGAAAACAUUGCACAAUUCUAUAGCAACAAGUAUCAACGGUUUUGUCUAGAACAUUGUCUAAGAUAUUUAAUGGGGGAAAAAGUAGAACUCGAUGACGAUGCAAUGAUGGACAGGAAUCAAAAUGGAAGUGAUAGUGGUGAUGGCGAGGUCAUCCAGGAAGUGGGAGAUGAAGCCUGGGUUGACGAUUUAAUUAACCAACAGCCCGAUAUUCCGACAUAUUCAUCUGGGGAAGAAGAGGAGGCAGAAACAGGAUUGGCUGACUUGAUCCCCGCACACGACAAAAGUCUAUAUCAAACAACUGAUUCUGAAGUAAAAGACGAAGAAACGCAUUUGAACCGAGUUGGUGGGAAAGUGCCUACUGUUGAUAGCACACCUUUGCCAAAUGGAUGUGGUGCUAUUUGGUCACCUACUGGUCAAUUGGUUUGUUUUUUCAUACCAAAGUCAAAAACAGAUGGUGAUACACAGGAAGAUGGCGACGGUAAGGCAUUCCAGAAAUUCAAUAUUUUUAAAUUCACAGAUGGUGGGUUUAGUCUGUCACAUCAUCAAAAGUCUGACUCUGUGGGAUCCGAGUAUGGAACGAAUGAUGAUGACAAUUCAGAUAAUUCUUCUGAGGAUGACAAUGAAAAUCGUUCCAUAAAGUCUUCUUCUUCAUCUUCUUCCGAUGACAGCUUUGCUAAAGAUUGGGAUGAGAUGUUACUGAAUGAUGCACCAAGAGUAAGAGUUCAGGGAUUGUUCAAAACCAGUCUUGGCCUUGGUAAUUACUAUGAUCAUGAGAGCAGUCAUAAAUCAUCAUUGAACAGAUUGACAAGUAAUGGGGGCACCGCUUCGAAUUACAAAUCAUCCCUUAAAGGUGAGAGAAAGAGGUUAAAUGACGAAACUCAACUGAGAAGGAAAAACGUUGUGGGUAUAUUUGAUUUUGGACAUUUGCUUCCUGAUAAGUACGAACUAGCACGAGAAUACAGAGUAUUAGGAGAUUCUCCUGAGAUUUUAGCAAAAUACAAUGCGGCAGUAGCUUUUAAAUAUGGGCUAAAAGAAAUUAGUGACGUUUGGAAAAUCCUUGAAAUGAUUCUCAUCAAACAGAUACACUAUGCUGACAACACUGAAGAAUUUUAUCCAAAUUAUGGCUUGAAUACUCCCCUUCAGACAGGAUUUGGUGAUCAAAUGCUCAACAAAUCACGAUUCUACUGGAAUACACACCCCUUUGGAAGUACUUGGCUCAUCAAGGAAAUCUUUGAUUAUUUUGAAAAAAAAUUGAAUGUACAAAUGUUGGCGAUGAUGUCAUGCAUAUUGUAUGAAAAUCCAAAAAACUUUAAACCUACCAGUGAAUUAAUGAAUGUUCCAAUUCAUACACCUUAUCAAGUUUUGCCGUUACCUCCUACAGUUUCGAUUACUGCUCGUAACAGUACUGUAUAUGGAUCUUCUCACGGGAAAGCUACAACUAGAGAUGAUAUUGGGUUUGAACAUAGAAAUUCGGCUUUGCUGGGCACUAGAAAGGAAUUACUGGCCCCACCCGCCUCUGUUUACGCCAGAUCUAUAAGUUCUUCGGUUGGAGGAGAAAGUAUUGCUAAUGGAUCACCCGAUAAGUUUAGAGUUUUGAAAAAAAACUUCGCGUUGAAAUCUCAUUCUUUGGGACCCUCGAAUAACUCACAUUCGUCCUUGAAUGAUUCUUUAAAUGAAUCCAAUGCAUCCACACCGGAUCGAAAUAUGCGAAUAUCUUCACUGGAGAAGAAAAAUAAAGGCAUUAUUUUACGGAAACCAUACCCUUUGAAGAAAUUCCGACCAAAACCUGCUCCUAUUGUGUCUAUUGAGAUGCAAAAUAUUGAAGAAUUGGAUGUUUACGAAGACAUAAACUCACAGCCUUUGCUAGGUUCGAUAGAUAAGGACAAGUUGGUUAGAUAUAGAGAGAUCUACGCUGAGAUGUUGUACAAUUGGCAAUUACCAGUAGGGCGUAUCAAACUUUUAAAAUUUAAUUAUCCAGAACAGGACAGAACAGGAUCAACCAGUACGGACAUACACAAGUGUUCAAUUGGAUUUAAAAAGAGAUCACAACAACAUCCACAUCAAAAUUUGUUGAACCCCAUAACGACAAUUUAUUCAAAGCUCCCAAACUCGUGGAAUACAAGCAAAAGACAAGUAUUAAAAUAUUGCAAUUUAUGUCAAUUAGCAGUUACUAAAAAUUUUACUUUAUGCACAGUGUGUGAGCAUAUAAUGCAUACCGCAUGCGCGAGAGAAUGGUGGACAACCGAUAAUCAUGAAUGUGCAAGUGGUUGUGGGUGUAGAUGUUUAGAACGUAGUUUCUGA